GUUCAAUAUUCCACUUCUGGGGCGCAUAUCCUGUCUCACAUUGCUGUGCUGCUCGACGCAGAGGCGCUCCGACUGCUGCAAGCCUCUACCCUGGAGUACACACCACGACCUGGUCUCAGUCCAGAUCUAGAACCUGCAUCUCAGUCUGGGUCCUCACAGUAAACACAGAGUCGGAGAGUGAGCCGUAACCAGGGAGCGAUUCGGUUGGAGGGAUAGCCAGGCCGACCAAUGGGAUCAGGGAAGCUGGCUCAGUUGCUGCUUGGAUGGGCAGCGGUAUGUCUUUGGCCCGUUCAUGUGGCUUUUGGUGAAACUGGAGAUGGACCUCACCAAGCGAGCCGCUUUACUGGCAGCGCGGACCAGAGGGAAGUGCAGCGGGUUCGACGUCGUGGCCAGGAGUCGUUGAGAGGACCCAACGUGUGUGGCUCUCGCUUCCAUUCAUACUGCUGCCCGGGCUGGAAGACUUUGCCUGGAGGGAAUCAAUGUAUCGUCCCAAUUUGCAGGAACACGUGUGGCGAUGGCUUUUGCUCCAGACCUAACAUGUGCACCUGCUCCAAUGGCCAGCUCUCUCCCAGCUGUGGUGCAGGAGCAGGAGGAGGAAUUCAGUCCUGUAAUAUCAGGUGUAUGAAUGGAGGCAGCUGCGCUGAGGACUCCUGCUCGUGCCCCAAGGGAUACACCGGCGGCCACUGUGGACAACCGGUGUGCGAGAACGGCUGCCAGAACGGCGGGCGCUGCAUCGGGCCCAGCAGAUGUGCCUGUGUCUACGGUUUCACUGGCCCGCAGUGCGAGAGAGACUACAGGACUGGGCCAUGUUUCACCCAGGUGAACAACCAGAUGUGCCAGGGCCAGCUCAGUGGAAUCGUCUGCACCAAAACUCUGUGCUGCGCUACCAUUGGCCGGGCGUGGGGCCACCCCUGCGAGCAGUGUCCUGCCCAGCCGCACCCCUGCAGACGAGGCUUCAUCCCAAACAUCCGCACUGGAGCCUGCCAAGACGUUGAUGAGUGCCAGGCGGUGCCAGGCCUCUGUGCUGGAGGCAACUGUAUCAACACUGUGGGAUCCUAUGAAUGUAAAUGCCCCGCCGGCCACCGUCAGAGCGAAACCAACCACAAAUGUGAAGAUAUUGAUGAAUGUAGCACCAUUCCUGGUGUGUGCGAUGGAGGAGAAUGUACCAACACUGCUGGCAGCUACGUAUGCGUCUGUCCACGGGGCUACGUCUCCAGCACAGACGGCUCCAGAUGUGUCGAUCAGCGCGUCGGCACGUGUUUCUCUGCGCUCACAAAUGGCCGCUGUGCCGCAGAGCUGAAUGGCCAGUACACCAAGAUGCAGUGUUGCUGCGACACAGGACGCUGCUGGGCUUUAGGACAGAUCCCUGAGAUGUGUCCAGUCAGAGGUUCUGAUGAGUACAGGCGUCUUUGCAUUGUGGGUGUUGCCCAAGGACAACUUCCUCUAAACUACCCGAAUGGAUAUUACCCCAACAAUGGCAAUUAUGGAUUCAAGUUCCCAAGUGUAUCAAUCAGCAAUGGAGGGGGUGGCGGCAACGGAGGAGGAGGAAAUGGUGGGAACAACAGAGGCAAUGGAGGAGGAGGAGUGAACUCCCAAAAUAUUGGUACUGUGACUGUGAAUGAAACCAUUGAUGUGUGCAAGCAUUUUACUAAUCUGUGUCUGAAUGGACGCUGCAUCCCAACACCUACGCGCUACCGCUGCGAGUGCAACAUGGGCUACAAGCAGGAUGUCCGUGGGGAGUGUAUCGAUGUGGAUGAGUGUGUGAGUAACCCAUGUAUCAAUGGAGACUGUGUCAACACUUCUGGAUCGUACCACUGCAAGUGCCACGAGGGGUACCAGGGAACCCCCACCAAACAGGCCUGUAUUGAUAUUGACGAGUGUAUUGUGAAUGGAGUAAUGUGUCGCAAUGGCCGCUGCGUCAACACAGAGGGAAGCUUUCAGUGUAUCUGCAACGCUGGCUUCGAACUCACCUCUGAUGGAAAGAACUGCAUUGAUCAUGAUGAGUGUGCCACUACCAACAUGUGUCUCAACGGCAUGUGCAUCAACGAGGAUGGCAGCUUUAAAUGCAUCUGCAAGCCUGGCUUUGCACUGGCGCCUAACGGACGCUACUGCACAGACAUUGACGAGUGUCAGACUCCUGGUAUCUGUAUGAACGGCCGCUGCAUCAACUCGGAGGGUUCUUUCCGCUGUGAGUGCCCACCAGGUCUGGCUGUGGAUAUGGAUGGAAGAGUGUGUGUGGACACGCACAUGAGGACCACCUGCUAUGGCGCCAUUAAGAUGGGCACAUGCUCACGCCCAUUCCCAGGAGCUGUGACCAAGUCGGAGUGCUGCUGUGCUGAUCCCGAACAUGGGUUUGGAGAGCCUUGCCAGCCCUGCCCAUCUAGAAACUCAGCCGAGUUCCAGGCUGUGUGCAGCAGCGGUAUUGGCAUCACAGUGGAUGGCAGAGAUAUCAACGAGUGUGCCUUGGAUCCUGACAUUUGCCAGAACGGCAUUUGUGAAAACCUCAGAGGAAGCUACCGCUGCAUUUGCAACAUUGGCUAUGAGUCUGACACAAGUGGCAAGAACUGCGUUGACAUCAAUGAAUGUCUGGUGAACCGAUUGCUGUGCGACAACGGCCUUUGCAGAAACACUCCCGGCUCCUACACAUGCUCCUGUCCUAAUGGAUUUGUCUUCAGACCUGACUCAGAGACCUGUGAAGAUAUCAAUGAAUGUGAAUCCAGCCCGUGUAUCAAUGGAGCAUGUCGUAACGUAGCUGGGUCUUUCAACUGUGAGUGUGCCCAUGGCAGCAAACUGGACUCCACCAACACCAUCUGCGUGGAUAGCAUGAAGAGUACUUGCUGGCUCACUAUACAAGACAACCGCUGUGAGGUCAACAUCAACGGAGCCACGCUCAAGUCUGAGUGUUGCUCCACACUGGGAGCCGCGUGGGGCAGCCCCUGUGAACGCUGCGAGAUUGACACUGCUUGUACUCGAGGAUUUGCUCGCAUGAAGGGUCUUGUUUGUGAAGAUAUUAAUGAGUGUGAAGUAUUCCCUGGGGUGUGUACAAAUGGACGAUGUGUGAACACCCAGGGCUCGUUCCGCUGUGAGUGUCCCGAGGGUCUGACCUUGGACAGCAGUGGUCGCACGUGUGUGGACACGCGCAGCGAGCAGUGCUACAAGAAAUGGCACGAGGACGAGUGUGGCGAGCCGCUACCGGGGAGAUACCGCGUGGACAUGUGCUGCUGUUCUGUGGGGGCUGCUUGGGGCGUCGACUGUGAGGAGUGUCCCAAAGAAGACACACCAGAAUACAAAACCAUUUGUCCUCGAGGGCGUGGCUUUGCCAACAGAGGAGAUAUAUUGACCGGCAGGGCCUUCUAUAAAGAUGUAAAUGAGUGUAAAGUGUUCCAGGGUCUGUGCUCUCAUGGAACCUGCAGAAACACCAUUGGCAGUUUCAAGUGUCGAUGCAACAGUGGCUUCGCUCUAAAUGCUGAAGAGAGGAACUGCACAGACAUUGAUGAGUGUCGCAUCUCCCCUGACCUGUGUGGUCAGGGUACCUGCGUUAACACACCUGGUAGCUUUGAGUGUGAGUGCUUUGAAGGCUAUGAAAGUGGCUUCAUGAUGAUGAAGAACUGCAUGGACAUUGAUGAGUGCGAGAGGAACCCUCUGCUGUGUCAUGGAGGAACCUGCAUGAACACAGAAGGGAGCUUUGAUUGUGAAUGUCCUACUGGAUACCUGCUCAGCAAUGACGCGUCGGUCUGUGAAGAUCUGAACGAGUGCCAGCUGAGUGAAAACUUGUGCAAACACGGCGAGUGUGUGAAUAUGGCAGGAACCUACCAGUGCUCGUGUAACACCGGUUACCAGGCAACGCCAGACCGGCAGGGCUGCGUUGACAUCGAUGAGUGCACCAUAAUGAACGGAGGCUGCGAGACCCACUGUACCAACUCAGAGGGCAGCUAUGAGUGCAGCUGCACUGAGGGCUAUGCCCUGAUGCCUGACCUCAGGACCUGUUCAGAUAUUGAUGAAUGUGAGGAGACUCCAGACAUCUGUGAUGGAGGUCAAUGCACCAACAUUCCUGGCGAAUAUCGCUGUCUGUGUUUCGACGGAUUUAUGGCUUCCAUGGACAUGAGGACUUGUAUUGAUGUGAACGAAUGUGAUCUGAACCCAAACAUCUGUCUCCACGGCGACUGUGAGAACACUAAAGGCUCCUUCAUCUGCCACUGUCAGCUGGGAUACUUUGUCAAGAAAGGAUCCACGGGUUGCACGGAUAUUGACGAGUGUGAGAUCGGAGCUCAUAAUUGUGACAUGCACGCCGCCUGCAUCAAUGUGCCGGGAAGCUUCAAAUGUCGCUGUCGAGAUGGCUGGGUGGGAGACGGCAUCAAGUGUGUGGAUCAUGACGAAUGCUCCUUGGAGGACCACAACUGCAACCCCAAUGCCGACUGUGUCAACACACCAGGAUCCUACAGGUGUACAUGCAAAGACGGCUUUCAUGGAGACGGUUUUUCAUGCUCUGACAUGGAUGAGUGUGCAGACAAUGUCAACCUGUGUGAGAACGGCCAGUGUCUGAAUGCCCCGGGAGGCUACCGCUGCGAGUGUGAGAUGGGCUUCACUCCUACAGAAGACAGCAAGGCCUGCCAAGACAUUGAUGAGUGUAAUUUCCAAAACAUCUGUGUAUUUGGAACGUGCCAGAACCUUCCAGGGAUGUUCCGCUGUGUGUGUUAUGAUGGUUACGAACUUGACCGCAGUGGAGGAAACUGCACUGAUAUCAAUGAGUGUGCUGAUCCAGUCAACUGCAUCAAUGGACUCUGUGUGAACACACCAGGGAACUACCUGUGUAACUGUCCGCCUGACUUUGAGCUCAACCCGACUGGAGUGGGCUGCGUGGACACCCGCGUUGGAAACUGUUUCUUGGACGUCCUGAACCGUGGUGACGGAGGAAUCUCCUGCAGUGCAGAGAUCGGCGUGGGUGUGACUCGUGCCUCCUGUUGCUGCUCCAUGGGAGGAGCGUGGGGAAGCCCUUGUGAACUCUGCCCCCCACCCAACUCCACGGAAUACAAGACUCUUUGUCCAGGAGGAGAGGGUUUCAGACCCAACCCCAUCACUGUAAUCCUGGAAGAUAUUGACGAGUGCCAGGAGUUACCAGGUCUCUGCCAGGGCGGAAACUGCAUAAACACAUUUGGUAGUUUCCAGUGUGAGUGUCCAGCGGGCUACUAUCUCAACGAAGAAACACGCAUCUGUGAAGAUAUUGAUGAGUGUAGCACACACUUUGGUAUCUGUGGACCUGGUACUUGCUACAACACUCUGGGCAACUACACUUGUGUGUGUCCACCUGAAUACAUGCAGGUCAACGGAGGAAACAACUGCAUGGACAUGAGGAAGAGUGUGUGCUACCGCAACUACAACGACACGUGUGAGAACGAGCUGUCGUUCAACAUGACCAAGAAGAUGUGCUGCUGUGCCUACAAUGUUGGAAAAGCUUGGAACAAGCCAUGCGAGGCGUGUCCUACUCCCGCUACCACUGAGUACCAGUUGCUGUGUGGUAACCAGGCUCCCGGCUUUAUCAUUGACAUCCAUACUGGCAAGCCAAUUGAUAUUGAUGAAUGCAGGGAGAUCCCAGGCAUCUGCGCUUUCGGAGUGUGUAUCAACCAGAUCGGGAGCUUCAGGUGCGAGUGUCCCAUGGGCUUCAGCUACAACAACAUACUACUGAUUUGUGAAGAUAUUGAUGAGUGUAACAGUGGGGACAACCUGUGCCAACGCAAUGCCAACUGUAUCAACAUUCCAGGCAGCUUUCGCUGCGAGUGCUCACAAGGCUUCAAGCUGUCUCCCAACGGAGCCUGUGUGGAUCGUAACGAGUGCCAGGAGAUUCCUAACGUGUGCAGCCAUGGCCGGUGUAUAGACACGCAGGGCAGUUACCGCUGUCUCUGCCACAACGGCUUCAAGGCCACGGCUGAUCAGACCAUGUGCAUGGACAUCGAUGAGUGUGAGAGACAGCCGUGUGGUAACGGCACCUGUAAAAACACAGUGGGGUCCUACAACUGUCUCUGCUUCCCUGGCUUUGAGCUCACACACAACAACGACUGCAUGGACGUAGAUGAGUGCAGCGCCCUCCAGGGCCAAGUGUGCAGGAAUGGACAGUGUAUCAACGGACUCGGUUCCUUCCAGUGUCUCUGUUAUGAGGGUUAUGAAAACACACCUGACGGGAAGAACUGUGUUGAUAUUAACGAGUGCGUGAGUUUGCCUGGGACGUGUUCUCCGGGAACCUGCCAGAAUCUGGAUGGAUCCUUCAGAUGUAUCUGCCCUCCUGGCUAUGAAGUUCAGAGUGACCACUGUAUAGAUAUCAAUGAGUGCGACGUGGAGCCCAACAUCUGCCAGUUUGGCACCUGCACCAACACCCCCGGCAGCUUCCAGUGCACCUGCCAGCCAGGCUUUGUACUCUCUGAUAACAAACGGCGUUGCUAUGAUACUAGAGAGAGCUUCUGCUUUACCAAAUUUGAAGCGGGCAAAUGUUCUGUCCCCAAGGCCUUCAACGCCACCAAGGCCAAGUGCUGCUGCAGCAUGAUGCCAGGAGAGGGCUGGGGGCUGCCCUGUGAACUGUGCCCACGAAAAGAUGAUGCUGCUUUUAAAACUCUGUGUCCCUACGGCCUUGGAUCUGUGCCUGGGCUGGGGGAAACUCGUGAGGAUACGAACGAGUGUCUGACUAACCCGGGAAUCUGCCAGAACGGCAUCUGCAUCAACACGGAUGGGUCAUUCCGAUGUGAAUGCCCGUUUGGAUACAAUCUGGAUUACACUGGAGUCAACUGUGUCGAUACUGAUGAGUGCUCGAUAGGAAACCCCUGUGGAAAUGGAACCUGCACCAACGUGGUUGGAGGUUUUGAGUGUUCCUGCCUGGAUGGCUUUGAACCCGGACCUAUGAUGACUUGUGAAGACAUCAACGAGUGUUCCCAGAAUCCUUUGCUUUGCGCCUUCCGCUGCGUCAACACCUUUGGUUCUUAUGAAUGCAUGUGUCCUGCUGGCUACAUGCUACGAGACGACCAGCGCAUGUGCAGAGACCAGGACGAGUGCUCAGAGGGGCUGGAUGACUGUGAUUCUAAGGGCAUGACCUGUAAGAAUCUGAUCGGUACCUUCAUGUGCAUCUGUCCUCCCGGCAUGCAGCGUCGGCCAGAUGGAGAAGGAUGUAUGGACCUGAACGAAUGUCAUGCCAAACCUGGAAUCUGUAAGAACGGGCGCUGUGUCAACACAGUGGGCAGCUACCGCUGCGAGUGCAACGACGGCUUCGAGCCGAGCUCCACCGGAACAGAAUGUAUUGACAACAGGAAGGGCUACUGUUACACGGAGGUUCUUCAGACCAUGUGCCAGCAGUCGUCGACCAGCAGGAACAGUGUGACCAAGUCUGAGUGCUGCUGCAACGUGGGCCGAGGAUGGGGGUCCCAGUGUGAGCUGUGCCCUCUGCCUGGCACCUUACAGUACAAGAAGAUGUGCCCACUCGGACCUGGCUAUACCACAGAUGGUAGAGACAUCAACGAGUGCCAAGUGCUGCCAGAUAUGUGCCACAACGGGCAGUGCAUCAACACCGUUGGAUCUUUCCGUUGCCACUGUAACGUGGGAUACAAAGCUGACUUCACUGCCACCUCCUGCGUUGAUAUGGAUGAGUGUUCUCUGUCUCCGAAGCCCUGUAACUUCCUGUGUAAAAACACAGAAGGUAGCUACCUUUGCUCCUGCCCCAGAGGAUACAGCCUCCAGCCGGAUGGAAAGACCUGCAAAGAUCUGGAUGAAUGUUCCACGAAGCAGCACAACUGCCAGUUCCUCUGCGUCAACACCAUCGGAGGCUUCAACUGCAAGUGUCCCCCCGGUUUCACUCAGCACCAAACCGCCUGCGUCGACAACAAUGAGUGUACGGCCCAAAACAGCGCGUGUGGUUCCCGAGCCGCUUGCGUCAACACGCCUGGUAGCUUCAACUGUGAAUGCUCCAAAGGUUUCUCCCUGGACAACACCGGCCUGGGGUGUGAGGAUGUGGAUGAGUGUGGCAGCAACCACCGCUGUCAGCACGGCUGUCAGAACAUGCUGGGAGGUUUCCGCUGCGGAUGUCCUCAGGGCUACGUGCAGCACUACCAGUGGAACCAGUGCGUGGAUGAAAACGAGUGUCAGGGAGGAACCGUUUGUGGCUCGGCCUCCUGCUACAACACUUUGGGCAGCUUCAAGUGUGUGUGUCCCUCUGGCUUUGAGUUUGAGCAGAAUGCCGGCUGCCACGAUGUGAACGAAUGCAACGGUGGCACAAACCCUUGCAUCUACGGCUGCUCCAACACUGAUGGAGGCUACCUGUGUGGCUGCCCCGGAGGUUUCUACAGAGCAGGACAGGGUCACUGCAUAACAGGCUCAGGCUUCCCAAGCCAGCUUGAGGAAGGUGAAGACGAUGACAGUCUGUCUCCCGAGGCCUGCUACGAGUGUAAGAUCAAUGGAGGAGGAAAGAACAGAAGACACAAGCGCAAUGCUGAUGAAAAUGAGCUCGACCAGGAACAUGUCAGUAUGGCUAGCGUGGACACCCAGGCCUCCAUCCCCAUGAACCUGUCGCUGACGUCGCUGCUCAACAAAGAGCCUCUGCUGGAGCUCCUGCCCGCCCUGCAGCCGCUGGAGCACCAUGUGCGUUACGUGAUAACCCACGGCAACACCGACCAACACUUCCGCCUGCUGGAACGCCAGGAUGGGAGGAGCUUGCUGAAGCUCGGCAAGAAACCUCCUGCGGCGGGAUCCUAUCGGCUAGAGAUCACCAGCCUGCCGCUGUUUGGGCCGCGCAGACUACAUCAGCUGGAGAAGCAGCAUGACAAUGACUACCUACAAGGGGAAACAGGAGACGCUCUGCGCAUCAAGCUCCACAUCCACCUGCACUGAGCUCAGAGCAUCUGUGUGUGUGUGCAAUCCUGCGCUGGACCGAGUUUUAACCUUUAAUCCAGUAGCUCCACCACCCAGUCUUGCCCCUUCAGGACCAUCCAACCAGCAGGGGGUAAUCAAGGGCGAUGAAAGACUGAGUCAAUCAGCCCAAUUCUACCACCACUUUGUUACUGUUCACAUUAUUACAUGUUCGUGUUUUGUGCUCCUCCCCCUCCCCCUCGACUUCAUUCCUGCCUGACCCAGCACUCAUUGUCCACUGAGAACCAGUGGGGCGGAGAGCAGAGAGGUGCUUUAGUGCUCGGACCAUGAUCACCUCAAGCAGACAUCGACAAACAGACAGAAAGCUUGAGGGGCCGUGCAGCACUGGGCUUUUUAUUACAGGUCCAUAAAGUGCUAAGAAAGGAUUGUCUUCGUGCAACAUGUAUGUUUCUUUUUGUCUAGUAGUGUAAAAAAAAAAAAAUUGGGACAUUAAGGCUCCAAAUAUGGUCGAAGCACUCUGUCACCUCUCUGAUCUUUUUAUUUUCUUUUUUUGAAAAGCAACACUGGGGAUAAAGGUUUGUCUCGUUUGCCCCUCUCAGUAUUUUUAGUAUGUCAUUUUAAUGUAUUUGUGCUGAUUAAAAAUGUUAACACGAAGGACUGCAGCAUUUACACAGGAUGUCAGGUUCUUAGAUCCAUAACACUCUGUUAUAUACACUUGGAUGCCAACCAAUAUUCAGACGAGAACGCAGCAGGCGAGCCGUGUUGUGCUCUGAUGUGGCUGAUUUUUUUUUUUUUUUUUUUUUGGCUCCUACCUAUGAGCAGCUUCAAAGCAGGGAUUAGCGUGUUUGCAUGUGUGCGCUGUCAUGUUUGCUUACCUCAGUACCUCUCACCAAGUAUGGACACCAUGCUGUGAUGCUGACUUAAAAACAAAAGAGGGUGCUAGCGUCCCUCAGCAUCCGUCACGGGCAGGGAACACACUAAUUAGUAGCUCGUAGACUUUAAAGAAGAUAGAUCGGGUCACGUCUGUUAUUUAUCCACUAAGGGAUUUUGACUUCAGGUGCACUGAUUCUGGACCUGAGAGGCAGAUUUUUCAUGGAGUGGAAAAUCGUCUUUUUUUCUCUCUCUUUCUCUCUCUCUCUCUCUGUCAACGGUCAAAGGCUUGGAGCUACUCCUGGCUUUACUAAAACUCGCAAAUGCUUCAGGAGAAAAGAGCUGUAGGUGACAUUAAGUUGACUUUAUCUGACUUCUUUGACUUUCACGUUAGCUCGACGUCUGAGGACUGAGCGCCGUUUACAACACGGGCACUGCUGAAACAGAGUAGCAGUCUCCAAGGUACAUGACAUGUCGAGCUGUAGCUGUAGGCAGUGCUCUGCAGAGUAAAGGCACGCACAGGUGAACACGAAACCUCACGGGAAAAUUAGAAGAAAAAAAAAUGAAACAGCAUCCAUCAGGUCGUAAUUCAUUACUCAUGAAUAUUUGUUUUCUCUCAAAGAGAAAAAAGGUGCUACAUCAAACCAUCUCUAACUCUGUAUAAAGUAAAUGCAGUCUUGAAUCUGGAUUGCAAAAGUUACUUCUUUUUUUUUUUGCUAGGUUUUUUGUGUUGAUGUCUGUCUUUUGUAUUGUCCAAAAAAAAACUAAAAAAAAAACAUUAUAAAACUUGCUUCUUGAAAAUUAAAUUGUAUAUUUUUAAGUGAAAUGUAGAUUUUUUUCUUUUCUAUCAAGGUCACAUGAAAACAAAACAAAUGCUUAGUGAGAUUGAAGGCUUUAAGUGCUGUUGACUUUGUUUUGUUUAGGAAGAAACUCCCUCCCCGAUAAAAGCAAGACAGCGUCAUAAUUAUAUAUCACUGACAGGCAUCUGUUCACCGUUCAAAUCAGCAAAAAGAGAACAAUCCAUCCUCGCUGUUAUCUCUCACGCAAGGAAGCGUACAGACUCAACACCACAUGAAUUAAGGCAAACUGUCAAAGCAUCUCAGGAUCUUUGGUGCUAAAUGAUCCUUUUCCUUGAACACUCAAGGUUGCUGCACUGUUACCACACCCUACAGUAGAAACAUAACCAUUUUUUAACCGGAGAGUCUUUGUAUACUUUAUAUCAUAAUUGUUCAUUUGUAAUUUUUUUUUUUAAUUGCCUCUUUGUUUAAGGGCAUGUGCUCACUGUAUCCUAGCUUCAGUGUCAAACUUGAAUACAGUCAUCACCUUUGUUGGGAAUGUCAUGUACUAUAUAGUAAAAGAAAAAACAAGCAUCCAACAGUUUUUUUCGUAUCUUUUUUUUUUCCAGAAGUUUGAUGUCAGAUGAAACCAGAGUUUAAAUGAAAGCUGAUGACAAUCAUGCAGUCACAUCCACCAGCUAAGAUCAAUAAAUAAAUCAGCCUUAACGGAGCAGCUUUUAAAAUCCUAAACUAUCGUGCAAAGAUGGAAACCAAAGAUUUUUGACAUCAAAUGGCAGUGUGUAAAAUCAGAGUGAUUUUCAUGAUAUUGUAAACUUUUGUCCAAUAACGUUCAUGGCAAUAAAAUAUUGUGGGUAAUAUUUUUAA